CGCGCCGCGCGGGGGACGGACGCAGGCAGGGGGGGUCAGGGCACGCGGGCUGCCUGCGCUGGCGCGCCGACCUAGCUACGCUGUCUCUGCCGCUGCUGCAGCCACUGCCGUUGCGGGCUGCUCGAGGGCCUGGCUUGUGAGGGUGCUCGGGGCCAGGUGUGUCCGCCCAGCUUCAGGUUCACCUGUCACCAUGAAGCCGCUGCACCCAGCUCUCCCUCACCUCUUCCUGCUGACUCUACUCAGCAUAUGCAUAGCUGUUCCCGAGGCGCGCGCUGUGUCCACCGGGAUGCCUGCCAUCAGCGCAGCCUCUUUCCUGCAGGACCUCAUGCACCGUUACGGGGAAGGUGACAGCCUCAGCCUGCAGCAGCUCAAGACCCUGCUCAACCGCCUCAAUGUGGGAGUGAGCCGGGCCAACGUCUCCCAGUCUGUGCAAGAACAGAGGAACCUCUCAACGUGCUUCAGUUCUGGAGACCUCUUCGCUGCCCACAACCUCAGCGACCAUUCUCGAAUUAGAGGACCUGAGUUCCAGGAGUUCUGCCCCACCAUCCUCCAGCAGCUCGAUUCCCAGGCCUGCUCCUCUAAGAACCAAGAGAACGAGGAGAACAAGAAGACGGAAGAGGGGAGGCCCAGCUCAGUUGAAGUGUGGGGCUUUGGUUUCCUCAGUGUCUCACUGAUUAACCUGGCCUCUCUCCUGGGAGUCCUCGUCCUGCCGUGCACAGAGAAAGCAUUUUUCAGCCGUGUGCUCACUUACUUCAUCGCCCUGUCCAUUGGAACGCUGCUCUCUAAUGCGCUCUUCCAGCUCAUCCCAGAGGUGCAGUAGAAUAGAACCCUGCGCGUCCUCUCUCCCCGGGGCGCCCCCGCCCCCACCCUGUGCUCAAAGGCACCUGACAGCUGCCACCUGAAACAUUAACCUUUCCCUCAUGUCAAGGGACGCCAAUGACUUCUGCCUCUGGAUCUCAAGGGCUCCUUUUGUUCCUGGGGCACCAGGUUUGCCUCUGGCCUCUUCAGGGGAUGUCAGGUGCAAGGUGCUUAGCAUUUGCCCCCUGUCUCGGGGACCUCAGCCUCCUUCCUCCGUCAAUGCCUGUUCUAAGCCCCAGUGGCAGGGUUCAGAGGGAAAGCUGCAUGGUGGUGGCUGUCCCUGCCCUUGGUCCUAUGGACCCCUCUCUGUUCUAAGAAGCCGCUGUGGCAGUACUCAGGUGUGGCCACCAGGAGAUUGUCCACCUCCAGUGAGGUGAAAGGAAAGAGGUUACCAACUGCAAAGCUGAAUUGGCCUGAGAAGUACGUACUCCUUUUUUUUAAGCAGGACAUAAUCCAUAGUGGAGGAGCCAAACACAGAAUGAAGACUGCUGAACAAGGGAGUUCCCUUCAUAGCUCAGCAGUUAACGAACCUGACUAGUAUCCAUGAGGUUGUGGAUUCGAUAUCUGGCCUCAGUCGGGGUUAAGGAUCCGGCCUUGCCGUGUGCUGUGGAAUAGGUUGCAGGUGCAGCUCGAAAUCCUGUGUGGCUGUGGUGUAGGGGGGCAGCUAUAACUCCAAUUUGACCCCUAGCCUGGGAACUUCCAUAUGCUGCAGGUGCGGCCCUAAAAUAGCAAAAAAAAAAAAAAGAGAGAAAGAAAAAGAAAAAAAGACUGCUGAACCAAAAAAAGCAAAAUUAAAAUUGCAAAAUAAAGGAAAGGGACCCAUGGUUCUAAAGACCUUGCAUCUUGACUUUGACCUGAUGAGACUGACUUCCUGGUGCCCUUCCUUGACUGUUAUGAAAUGUUGGUUAAUUUUGUUUUUUUAAUUGUAACCAAUGAGGAGCUAAAAAAAAAAAGACCCAAAGUGACAGUCUGCCCACCUGUCAGCUCAGGUGGGUGACGUGUGGGCCUCUUUUGGGAAUGACAGCAGCCACCUUCCAUAAAGAGCCUGUGUUGGCAGCUUCCCACGCCUGGCCUGCUCCCUCUUCAUAAGGAGAGAUGAGUCUGGUGUAAGGUGUGAAUCUAGCAAGCACUUCUCAGGGCAGACCUCAUCUUGGGCUAUUUUUUUCAGCUCCAGAAAUUAAAUUUGUUAAUUUUUUUUUUCCCAAGAAAUGGAAAUGAAAUGCUGUGUUGCCUGUUGAAUGGGAAUAUAAUGACAGUCCCCACUCUGCUCCCGGGCUUCCAGGAGAGGCCCAGGCCUGGCUCACUUUGAUCCUGCCUAGAGUGUGUGACUCUGGGAAAUGGCAGAGGACGUAUUUUUUUGAUGGAGUGGUCUUGGAACUCUGUUCUCUACACUGGAGCCCUCUCAAAGCAAAUGGAAAUAAACAAAACCUGAGCUAUCAUCAAGAGAAUGAAUUCUGGGGAGUUCCCAUUGUGGCUCAGCGGGUUAACAACCUGACUAGUAUCCAUGAGGAUGCGGGUUCAAUCUCUGGCCUCACUCAGUGGGUUAAGGAUUCGGCAUUGCCACACACUGUGGUGUAGGUCACAGAUGCAGCCCAGAUACUGUGUUGCUAUGGCUGUGGUGUAGGCCAGCAGGCUGCAGCUGACUCUACCCCUAGCACUGGGAACUUCCAUAUGCCAUAGGAAAAGAAAACCCAAAAACCCAUGAAUCUUUAAAAAAAGAAUGACUUCUGUGGCAGCAGACCUUGCUUGUCCUCUGUCUCUGCCCUGCACGUGUGACUGUUGUGUCUUGCACAGAGCAGCCCAGGUGCAGGGAGUGUCCCGAGUGCCUGCGUGGCUCAGGUCGGAGGUGCAGACAGGACGGCACAACAGACCAGUUCUUGCCUCACUCUCGUUUCCUCCAGAGAGCCUGCGAGUCCAAAGUCUGUCCGCUAGCCUCUGGCCGGGCACCCCACAGCAACCGCCCUGCUGGUCACAGCAGCUGGCAAUGAGGACUCCACACCAGGCAGCAGGGGCAGGAGACACAGGGUUCCACGCCCACCUCGAGUUCCUCCCCAUUUCUCCUGAACCGAUUGAUGGAAAUUGCAUCAGACUUGAAUCACUAACAAAUGUUCUGUUUCUCUCUCCCUCCCUGCUUGUCUCUGAUUUUUCCUUUUUGUCUCCUUUGUUAAUAUCCACCCAAACCUUCCCCGUUUUUCCCACCCCCCCCCAUCCUCUCCCUAAAUGGUGGCUGCUGUCCCGCGGGGCAUUGGCCCUUCCCCCUGUCCCGGGUGGGGCUGGCUCUCCCCCAACGGCAGUGUGGGGGUACGGUCUCCUCUGCGUGACCGUCAUCUCCCUCUGCUCCCUCAUGGGGGCCAGCGUGGUGCCCUUCAUGAAGAAGACUUUUUACAAGAGGCUGCUGCUCUACUUCAUAGCUCUGGCGAUUGGAACCCUCUACUCCAACGCCCUCUUCCAGCUCAUCCCUGAGGCUUUUGGUUUCAACCCAACGGAACGUGAUUAUGUCUCCAAGUCUGCAGUGGUGUUCGGGGGCUUUUAUCUUUUCUUUUUCACAGAGAAGAUCUUGAAGAUGCUUCUUAAGCAGAAAAAUGAGCACCAUCAUGGACACAGCCAUUACACCUCUGAGACGCUCCCUUCCCAGAAGGACCAGGAGGAGGGGGUGACGGAGAAGCUACAGAACGGGGAUCUGGACCAUAUGAUUCCUCAGCACUGCAGCAGCGAGCUGGACAGGAAGGCCCCUGUGCUAGACGAGAAGGUCAUCGUGGGCUCCCUGUCUGUCCAGGAUCUGCAGGCUUCCCAGAGCGCCUGCUACUGGCUGAAGGGUAUCCGCUACUCUGACAUCGGCACGCUGGCCUGGAUGAUCACCCUGAGCGACGGCCUCCACAACUUCAUUGACGGCCUGGCCAUUGGUGCCUCCUUCACUGUGUCUGUCUUCCAAGGCAUCAGCACCUCGGUGGCCAUCCUCUGCGAGGAGUUCCCGCACGAGCUAGGAGACUUUGUCAUCCUGCUCAACGCUGGCAUGAGUAUCCAGCAGGCUCUCUUCUUCAACUUCCUCUCUGCCUGCUGCUGUUACGUGGGUCUGGCCUUCGGCAUCUUAGCCGGCAGCCACUUCUCUGCCAACUGGAUCUUUGCACUGGCUGGAGGAAUGUUCCUGUAUAUUUCUCUGGCUGAUAUGUUCCCUGAGAUGAACGAGGUCUGCCAAGAGGAUGAAAGGAAGGGCAGUAUCUUGGUCCCCUUUGUCAUCCAGAACCUGGGCCUCUUGACUGGUUUCACCAUCAUGGUGGUCCUCACUAUGUAUUCAGGACAGAUCCAGAUCGGGUAGGGCCCGGCCAGGAGCUGGCAGGAUUGGAAGUCUGGCCCUUGGCUGCCUGAUCCCUGCCUGAGGACUCCUCAUCCGUGAAGCACCUCGGAAGAGGCAGUUCUCUUAAAAACUGUGACACGGACUGUAUUCCUGCAUUCGAACGUCGGCUGUCUUGAAAAUGCUCUCUCCUAAGAGUAAGCUGCCCUGGUAACCGGCCUCUAGGUAGUGCCUCUGUCCUUUCCCUCUUCUUUCUCAGAGUGAUUCUGGAACCGAAUGCAGCCUCAACGACAAGCCUAACUUUUUUCUCUGGUCCCCCUGGCCUCUUUCUCUUCCAGCCAGCACAGAGACAUUUGAAUCCUUUGCCCCACAAUGCAAAAGAUAACCGAGGGUCAUAACUAGGUUAGAAAGAUCAGGAGGUGAACCAAUCAUUUGGGGCCCAUCAAUCUAAAUGUGUAUCGCGGGUCUCCUGAUGACCUGGUUUUAAGUGAAUUUGCCUAUUUUUACAGAAAAGGUACGAAAAGACAGGAAUCUCUCGUUUUUCCAAAGUCUGCUCAGUUCCCUAUUCUGUCGAAGAGACCUGAAAGUUGGAAAUGGCCGGAGGAGAGGCAAGGCUUGUCCCUACCAGGACGCGGGGUGUUGACUCUGUGACCCUACCUGGUGUUUGGUGACCCUCCAGAUGAGCCGGCAUGGAGGUUCUUCUUUCAGGUGGACCUGACAGGCUGGGGGACAGAGGACUGACUUGUGAGCAGUCAGUGGGUUUUGUUGUGAUGGCCCCCACCCCCAGCUCCUGAGAGCCUUUGCUGCGGCCUCCCUGGAAGCACAUUCUAAAGCACAGUCACGAUGCUCUUGAUAGAGGGGAGCCCGCACACAUUUACCUCCCCUCGUCAACUCUUCUGCCGCCAAGUGGCGAGUUGACACUUGCUUUAGAAUUGCACUGAGCCUGAUGCUCUUCUAAACCAGGGUCUUCAAAAAACCGAGUCAGUGCAAGCAACACGUAGGAUUUGUUCAUUCCGUGCACAGCAGUGUGAGUCCUAGAGCUCGAAGUCUUCGGCCUGGAUGGGGGGCACCCCCAGUGUUGAAGGACCAGAGGCCCUACUGGUUAUGCUUCACUGCCUUAGGCGACACCCCCUCCCUCCCCCUAAACAAGGAAGGGUGAGUCCUGUAUUGAGUUGAAUACGAAUUGCUCAAACUCUCUUCAGAAAACUGAUCGACAGACUUGUGUGUGUGUGAGACGGUCGGCCCGCCGCCAGCACUGUGGAGCCCUCUCCUCAGGGCUCUGGCUGCAAGGGGAGCUAACCUCCAGGUUCACUAGGUGAAUUGCUUUAUUAUUAUCAUAUUGAUAAUGUGAGAUUCCGUGGCCACUCUGGGGAGCCGACCUCUCCAGAAGCCUUCCUCAGUGGUGCCCACAGUUGCAGCCCAGGGGCUGUGUUCACAAACUGACCCUACACAUGACUGACCGGCCGGGUCGUCGCCACCACCCAUUCGUUUUUCAGUUCUUGCCAGGCACACUUUCCACCCUACAAUAAUUAAAAGCAGCAUCUACUCCCCCCACCCCCAUCCCCACUCUCCUGUGGGAAAUGUCCCCCAAACCAGGAAUAUUCUUCAAAAGAACAUGAGUGGGAAAACUGCCAGUGAUGCUUUAUUAGUAUUUCUCAUCUUGCCUGAUGUCUUUGAUAGAUUUGAGAAUGGGCGGAUGAAGGCAAACUCAGUUCUCAAGAUUCUAGAUGAACUAUCAGGACGGACUCCCUAAGUAGGAUGCUGGUCCAGUUUUUACCAAAGAACCAAUUCCGUGAAUGUUGGAACCUAACUUUUUUUUUUUUUUUAUAUUACCAUUAUGAUAUCAUUACUGUGUUAAAAGCGAGUCUUUGUCUUUUCUGUUGUACUUUUUUCAAAUUGCUUUCAGGAGCUAGCUGGAAAUAACGUUUUAUAAAGACUUGAGAAGAUUUUGCUUCCCUUCAUUCACAUCGAUGUAUUAAAUUUCUAAUUUUAGCAUCGCCUAUAGAUCUGUCAUUCCUUCCAAAUGCCGUUAUUCUUGGAGUAGAAUCCUAAGGAAGAGUUAGUGGGUUCUAGGUUUAGACGAAGAGCUAAAAAAUGUAGUCUUUAACACAUUAAAAAAUAAAAUAUGAAGUAGUAGGGUGCUUUCCCAUCUACAUUAACCCCUUUCCUUUCAGAGACAGCUGCCUUGAGGGAAGUUCUCUUCAAACUGCAGUAGGUCCAGGGGCCAGUCCUAGUUGGAGCUGAGGAGGGGUGAUUAUGUGCUGACCUUGGCCAUGGAUUGAAAGUGUGGCAGUUUCUUUUUUGACUUUUAAGUGUUGGAUUUGCUGUUUUAAGCAUUUGUACAUACAUAUGAGAAGUCUGAGGAGUAGCGAGUUCUGGGGACCUUUUCACCCCCGGCAUUAGCAUCUUCAACUUCUCUUGCCCACGUUGACCUGGCCCUGGCCCCUAUUAAGGAUAACGAGGAAUGAUGUGUCAGGUGCAGGGGCAGGGAUUCUGCUGCUUCUCACCCUCACCCUGGCUUGCAGGUUGUUCCUGCCCCAAAGGUAUUUUUGUGUCUAGUGUUAGCUUGGGUCUUUCCUUCACUGGUCCUUCACCCUGGGUUUUAAAAAAGAAGGCUUCUCUCUUCUGAUGUUUUUAGUUAAGUCCUCUUCCACAUAGUCAUAUGGAAAUGGUAAUAUGUUGGAAGUCUGCUUAAAAAAACAAAAAGUUGUCUGAUUUUUGAAGAGGGAGGUUAGGUUUUUAUCAUUCAAAUUUCCUUCUAUGGUUCUGUAAUUCCAUCACAGUAUUUUUUUAAAAUGACUCAGGUGUUAUGAGGAUAAAUUAGAAGAGAAAAUAAGUUAUGUGGACUGUAAAUGUUUUUAUUUAAGAUUCUAUUAAAUAAAGCUAUAUUCUGUAACUGUCCAA